ACCCCGCCGCCGGAAUGCUCCUCCGCUCCCUCCUCCGCCGCGGCUCCGCCGCCGCCACGGCGGUCGGCGGCGUGGGCACCCGCGCCACGGCCGCCCGAGUAGCCGAUCCGCCCGCGGCGCUAGCGUCGCUCCUCCUCGCGUCCCGGUCGUACGCGAAGGCCAAGGGCGGGGGGAAGCCGGCGGGGGCCGCGACGAACCGCGGGAAGGUCCGGGCCAAGGACCCGCGCGGGGUGGCGUCCGACGAGGGCGCGGCGGGGGACUUCGAGGGCGGCGGCGCGGGGGCCGACGACCUUGAUGUGGAGUUCGAGCUGCCCACAGACCCGCUGCCCCCGACCUACGACCCCGCGCUCGACGUCGGGCCCGGCGGCCGCCCGCUUUUCGCCUUCACCGACACCUUCGCGUCGUUCUCCCACCGCAACGCCAAUGCCUACGUCGAUUUCACUUUGGAUGAAUGGAAAGCUAUGUUACCAGAGGGAUUGCCAGCCGGGAUGAUGAAGGAGUUUCAGGAGACGAGACGGUGCGCUGUGAUGGUGAGGGAGAGCUUCCUAGACCUACGGGAUAACUUCCGAAGGAUUGUUGAUCCAGCUAUUGCAGCCAAACGCAAAGAUGCCAAAAGACAAAUUGUAUUAGAUGGUCCUCGGAGCUGUGGUAAAAGCAUUGCACUUGCAAUGCUUGUCCACUGGGCGCGCACUGAAGGAUGGUUAGUUUUUUAUGUUCCACAAGGGAAGGAUUGGACGCAUGGAGGAUUCUUCUAUAGAAACACAUACAAUGAUCUCUUUGAUACUCCAAUACAGGCUGCAAAGAUCUUACAGGAUUUCUUGAAGUACAACGAAACCCGCUUGCAGCAGUUACCAUGUCAAAUUUUUGAGCCUAUUCCCCUGGGGGAAGGUGCUGGUGUUGGAAUGAUGAAGGGGGCUGACACAAUGGAAAUGCCUGAAGGUUCAACAUUGUAUGAUCUCAUUCAAACUGGGAUAACCCAGUCACAUGCUGCAGUUGGUGUUGUAGUUCAUUUAAGGAAGGAAUUGUCACUUGUUAAAGAUGUGCCCGUAUUGUUUGCCAUUGAUCAGUAUAAUAGUUGGUUUACAUUCAGUGAGUUCCAGGAACCGGUGACUGUUAGAUCAUGUCGGCCAAUUCAUGCAAAAGAGCUUACAAUGGUCAAUGCUUAUAGGCCAAUGCUACGCAAUGAUAUGAUGGUAGGAGCCUUUUCGCAUUCAACUGCAGUUGGAAAACUACGACAGGAUCUCCCAGAUGUUCCAUCAGACGCUCGUGUGAUGUUUCCACGGUACACAGUAGAUGAAGCUGAGACGGUUUGCCACUAUUAUAUGAGGCAAAAGAUCAUUCGGCGUGAAAAUUUUUCAGAAGAGAAGUGGAAAAAGAUAUAUUAUUUGUCAAAUGGAAACGGCUCAGAGAUGAGAUGGCUUGCUGCCUUUAUAUGAGUUCUCAUACCUGGAUUUCAUCAGUUUUAAUGGCUGCAGCAGGCCGUGCGGGUUUUAAUCUGAAGCGAUCCAUUGUUGUAUAAGCUGCAGUACGUCUUAUAAACACCAAGGAGCAAAGUUGCUACCUAAUGACAUUUCUAUAGUUUUUUCCCCAGUAACUGAAGUGCGAGCAUUUUUGGCAGCAGCAUAAAAAUUUCACCCGUGUGCCUGACGACUUUGAUUUGUACUGGGUAGGAAUUUAGGAUUCAAACAAGUCAGAACUCUGUGUGCUGCAGUGCUGCCCAUUUGUAUUUGAUGAAUUUUGAGGUGCCUUUCGGUGAUGCAGAAUACAAAUAAGAACAGACUGCUCUUAA